AGAAGUCAAGUGCCACGGAACUGUAAAAGAACAAAAAGAACGGAAAAAUCAAAUUAAAUAAAAAAAGCCAAGAAAGUUACAAAAUAAUACAAUUAAAAAACUAAACCCCGUCGCGAAAACCUACAAAGAACAAAGUAUAAAAUGGCCUGGGGCUAUUGGUCAGCCACGACUGUGGAUCGUGGGCGGUCGCCGCGCCGCCUCACGCAGUGUGCCCCGCUUCCGGUCAACAUAGUGCAGCAGGAGGAGGAGGAGGAGCAGCCCUGCCUGCCCCAACAGCAACAGCAGCAGCAGCAACAAUCUCAACAACAACAACAGUCACAGACCUGUCCCAGCACUCCUUCAGCAAAUCAGCAGGGCAGCGGCAAUCUUUGCUAUAGCCCCACCUGCCGUUCACGCUGCUCGAGUCCUUGUCCAGGCUCACCGUGUGGCUCUAUAACGCCGCCACCGCCGCCGCUGCUCACCUCCUCGCAGCAGCACCUGCACUCCAACAAGAAUUGCCCGGCAGCCCAGCAACUGAUGACACACCUGGACUAUGCAGCGCGGAGACAAUCACUCGACCAGCUGGACAGUCCACAGUCCAAGUACUUCGACAUUCAGGCCAACCAGCUGUCGGACAUCAUGUGCCGCGGUGCGGUGGUCAGCUCCAUUCAAUCGGCGAACAACACGCUCACGCGCGGCGUAUCGCUGCACAGUCGGAGUGGCAGUGCCCACGGCAGCCACCAUGGGAGUCAUCAUGGAAGCCAUCACAGUCACAGCCAUCAUGGCAGCGCCCACGGAUCACUGGGCUGUUUGCAGGGCGGCGUGGGAGUGGGCGUGGCCACGGGCAGCACUGGCAGCAUUGGGAUGAUGUCGGCGGGUCACAUUGACACCGGGGACUAUGAUGUACCGCAUCCGCAUCCCUACACGCAUCAUUAUAUGCAAACGACGGCCUCGGUGACACCGCCGCAUGCCACCUUGAGCAGGCCAGGAUCAGCGGGAGCCGUCUGCCAGGGCCACGACUCGGGAUCGGACUCGAGUCAGGGCUGCGGCGGUUCCAUUAUGGGCGGCAUGCUGGUCAUGGGCCAUCCGGGACACAUGGGCAGUCUGGGACACCACAGUGCCGGCAGCGGAUCGCUGGGCAGGUGCUCGAGCAGGUGCCACAACACGAACACCACAACAACGGAUGAUUCAGGCGGUGGCAGUAGCGGUGGAGGAGGAAUCCCAGGUGGGGGCACUGGCUCUAUGUCCGUGGGAAUGCCAGGCAUGUUGAUGGAUUAUCAUCACAGUCAUCACAGUGGCAGCGCCGGCAGCGGUCUUAAUGGCUGCGGUGGAGGCGGAGGCAGCAUAGCUGGCGGCAGUAUUGGCGGAAGGAGCAGCGUUCUAGGCACCAUCCAUAAUGGGCAUGGGCAUCAUCAUCAGCAGUAUCAUCAUGAGUGCAUCCAUUACGAGAGGCUGCCCAUACCAGUGCCCAUACCCACGGUGCCCAUGGGCGUGGCAUCGCACCCGCAGCAGCAGCAGCAACAGCAGAUGUCGCAGCAUCAGUUGCAGUCGGAGGAGGAGAUAGAGCCGGCCUAUGCAACAGUAUUCCCCAAUGUUCCUCAAGCGCCGGGAUUGUCCUGUGAUGGAGAAGAUCGCAGCAUCUAUCGACGCGGUGCUCGACGCUGGCGCAAGUUGUAUCGCGUCAACGGACACAUCUUCCAGGCCAAGCGUUUCAAUCGGCGUGCUUUCUGUGCCUACUGCCAGGAUAGGAUUUGGGGCCUGGGCCGUCAGGGUUUCAAGUGCAUCCAGUGCAAGCUGCUGGUGCACAAGAAGUGCCAUAAGCUAGUGCAGAAGCACUGCACUGACCAGCCGGAGCCGCUGGUCAAGGAGCGAGCCGAGGAAUCCAGCGAUCCCAUGCCCGUGCCGCUGCCUCCGUUGCCCUACGAGGCAAUGGGCGUUGGAGCAGAUGCCUGUGAGACGCACGAUCAUGCGCAUAUAGUGGCGCCACCGCCGCCAGAGGAUCCUUUGGAGCCGGGCACCCAGCGCCAGUACUCGCUGAACGACUUUGAGCUGAUACGGGUCAUUGGACGCGGCAGCUAUGCCAAGGUGCUGAUGGUGGAACUGCGACGCACUCGACGCAUCUAUGCCAUGAAGGUGAUUAAGAAGGCUCUGGUUACCGACGACGAGGACAUUGAUUGGGUGCAGACGGAAAAGCAUGUGUUUGAGACGGCCUCGAAUCAUCCGUUUUUGGUGGGGCUGCACUCGUGCUUCCAGACACCCUCCCGGCUCUUCUUCGUCAUUGAGUUUGUGCGCGGCGGGGAUUUGAUGUACCACAUGCAGCGGCAGAGGCGGCUGCCCGAGGAGCAUGCCCGCUUCUAUGCGGCGGAGAUCAGUCUGGCUUUGAACUUCCUCCACGAGAAGGGCAUCAUCUAUCGCGAUCUGAAGCUGGACAAUGUUUUGCUUGACCAUGAAGGCCACAUCAAGCUGACGGAUUAUGGCAUGUGCAAGGAGGGCAUACGGUCGGGUGAUACCACCUCCACGUUUUGUGGAACACCCAAUUAUAUAGCCCCGGAGAUCCUAAGGGGCGAGGACUAUGGCUUCUCGGUGGACUGGUGGGCUUUGGGUGUCUUGCUGUACGAGAUGUUGGCUGGACGCAGUCCGUUUGAUCUGGCUGGAGCCUCUGAGAAUCCCGAUCAGAACACUGAGGACUAUCUGUUCCAAGUGAUCCUGGAGAAGACCAUUCGCAUACCCCGCUCUCUAAGCGUUCGAGCGGCCUCUGUUUUGAAGGGUUUCCUCAACAAGAAUCCCGCUGAUCGUUUGGGCUGCCAUCGUGAGUCUGCCUUUAUGGAUAUUGUCAGUCAUCCGUUCUUUAAGAAUAUGGAUUGGGAAUUGCUUGAGCGCAAACAGGUCACGCCACCAUUUAAGCCACGCCUAGACUCAGAUCGCGAUCUGGCCAAUUUCCCGCCCGAGUUCACCGGCGAGGCCGUGCAGUUGACCCCGGAUGAUGAUCAUGUGAUCGAUAAUAUCGAUCAAUCCGAGUUCGAGGGCUUCGAGUAUGUAAACCCCUUGCUGAUGUCGCUGGAGGAUUGCGUCUGACACCACGAAAUGUGUGACUUGCAUCCGUAUAAUAUGCGGCUCUAUGGCGAGGAUUCCAGUGAUUACGAUUCCGUGGCUGAUGACCUGAGCCUCCUGCAUUUGAACAGCGCAGCGGGGGGAGCUGGUGGAUCAGUCAAUAGCAAUAACAAUCUCAGC